CUUCUUCCCCGAAGUCAAACGCAUACGCGUUUCUUCAUUUCUUCUUCUUCUUCUUCUUCUUCUUCGUGAUCAGUUCUUCAUCUUCAUCUUCAUCUUCAUCGUCUUCAAUGGCGUCGAUCUACACCUGCAAGGAGUGCGGGGCCAACCUCAACCUUAGCAGCGGCCACCUCUACCCGCCGGACUUCUACUUCGAGGCCGGGAACAAGGACUCCCUCUCCUUCUCCUCCGUCGACGCCUCCAAGUUCCGGUUCGAGAAGGAGGACAAGAUCAGGCCCUUCUUCGAGACCCUCAACUACUGGGGCAUCCAGCGGACGCGGACCAAGAUCAUCUGCAACCCCUGCGGCCGCGUCGUCGGCCACGUCUACGACGACGGGCCCCCGAUGACGGACAGCCCGGGGCAGCUCCACAUGGGGCCGAGCCAGGUCAUCCCUAGGGCUCCGAGGUAUCGGUUUAAGAACAAGGCUCUGCAUGUGACUUCCCAGACUUGAAGAGAGUUCCCGAGUGUUCUUCUUUGGGGUGAAGGGUUAGGGCUUCGAUGUUUUUGUUGUUCUGGUAUACGUUUGAUAGCGUGGAUUGGCUGAUUGUGUUAUAUGUGGAUUAUGAUAGUCUCAGAGAAGUGGAAUGUGUUGAACGGAGUACCCUGCGUUGCUGUUGUUCUAGACUUGCUCAAUGAAAUCAUGAAUUAAGUU